AGUCAUUAGCAGAUAAAGCUGCGUCGCAAAUUUCGGCGGUGAGUUCACUCUCAGUCUCUCUCAUACUGCUCCAAAUCACAUCCAAUGAGUGGAGGCGAGGGCGGCGAUUCCACCGCCGGAGAGCCGCAGCCGCCGCCGGUUGACAAAGAGAAGAAAAGAGACAAGGCGCGGGUGAGCAAGUCGUCUCUAAUUCUGUGGCACGCGCACCAGAACGACGUCGCGUCGGUGAGGAAGCUCCUCGAGGAAGAUCCGUCGCUGGUGAAUGCUAGAGACUAUGAUAAUCGGACCCCACUCCACGUCGCGGCAAUCCACGGCUGGAUCGACGUUGCUAAGUGUCUUCUAGAAUACCAAGUGGAUGUCAAUGCCCAAGAUCGCUGGAAAAAUACGCCUUUAGCAGAUGCAGAAGGAGCAGAGAGACCUAGCCUGGUUGAAUUGAUAAAAUCCUAUGGCGGAUUAUCUUAUGGUCAGAAUGGGAAUCAUUUUGAACCCAGAUCUCUACCACCACCUCUUCCAAGUAAAUGUGACUGGGAGAUAGACCCUGCUGAGCUGGACUUCUCAAGCUCAACUCUUGUAGGAAAGGGGUCAUUUGGUGAGAUAGUGAAAGCUUCAUGGAGGGGAACGCCUGUAGCUGUGAAACGGAUUCUAAAAAGCCUUUCAGAUGAUAAAUUAGUGGUUCAGGACUUCAGGCACGAGGUUAAUUUGCUAGUGAAGCUUCGGCAUCCAAACAUUGUUCAAUUUCUAGGAGCUGUUACCGAAAAAAAACCCUUGAUGUUGAUCACGGAGUACUUGAGAGGGGGUGAUUUACAUCAACAUUUAAAGGGCAAAGGAGCACUGAAUCCAUUAACUGCAAUAAAGUUUGCAAUGGAUAUUGCCAGAGGCAUGGCGUAUCUUCACACGGAGCCAAAUGUCAUAAUACACAGGGAUCUGAAACCGAGGAAUGUUCUUCUUGUCAAUGCAAAUGCCGACCAUUUAAAAGUAGGAGACUUCGGAUUAAGCAAGCUAAUCAGAGUACAGCAUUCUCAUGAUGUGUAUAAAAUGACCGGCGAAACCGGAAGCUAUCGUUACAUGGCACCUGAAGUCUUUAGGCACCGGAAAUACGAUAAGAAGGUUGAUGUAUUUUCUUUCGCUAUGAUACUAUAUGAGAUGCUUGAAGGUGACCCUCCAUUGCAGCAUUAUGAUGCAUACGAAGCAGCCACUUAUGCAGCAGAGGGACACAGGCCAAGAUUCCGCGCAAAAAGCUGUAUCCCUGAGUUGAAAGAGUUAAUCGAGCAAUGCUGGUCGGCCCAGCCAGAGAAAAGGCCGUCGUUUUUGGAAAUCUUGAAGAGGCUUGAAAAAAUCAAGGAAAUGGUACCAUCUGAGCAUCAGUAGCACAUUUUUUUCGCAAGACGAUGAGACAGAAACAGGUCCCUUCUUUUACCCUGUAACUUGUAUGGUGAGAUUAAUUGGUUAUAGGCUACUUUUGUGUUUGUUAUACAAGACUAGCUACAUCUUUGAUUAGUUGGAUUUGGAUCUUAUGAUAGUUGGAAGUGGAUAAAUGUGCUAUGAACCUAGAAAGUGGGUAUGCUAUAAUAUUCAUUUUGCUGCUGUUUAUCUAGUUUGGUAAGAAACUCUUUCAUAGUUCUGUCUGUAACCUGCUCUUAGGGCCAUAUUUUCGAAAUGUUCCGUGUUGCCCGGGGACACAGGCUAUAGUAUUAUGGCGCCCGAGCAAAAAUAAGUACAGUCCGAAAAUUCAAUUUGAGAACAAUAUGGAAAAUAAGUAUUUGGGCCGGAAUGGUUGAAAAUA